AUUUAAAGAAGGGGGGCCCGAGUGAAGGGGUUGGAAGCCAGUGAUUCCCCACCCUUGCUCCAUCUAGCUCUUUCCAGUGCAGCCACUGCCGCCGCCCAGGAGCCCUCGUCCCCUCGCUCGUCCCCCUCCUCGUUCCCGCUCCAACGCCAUGGAGCCGGACACCGCCGCAGUGGCAGCCACCGUGGCAGCCUCUGAUGCGACCGCCACGAUCGUGGUCAUAGAGGACGAGCAGCCGGGGCCGUCCACCUCUAAGGAGGAGGGAGCGGCCGCCGCGGCCACCGAAGCCACCGUGGCCAAGGAGAAGGGCGAGAAGAAGAAGGAGAAAAACCUUUCUCCAUUUCAACUCAAACUUGCUGCUAAAGCUUCUAAAUCUGAAAAGGAAAUGGAUCCAGAAUAUGAAGAGAAAAUGAAAGCAGAUCGAGCGAAGAGAUUUGAAUUUUUACUGAAGCAGACGGAACUUUUUGCACAUUUCAUUCAACCUUCAGCACAGAAAUCUCCAACAUCUCCUCUGAACAUGAAAUUGGGACGCCCUCGAAUAAAGAAAGAUGACAAGCAGAGCUUAAUUUCUGUUGGAGACUACCGUCACAGGCGCACAGAACAAGAAGAAGAUGAAGAGCUGCUCUCGGAGAGUCGGAAAACAUCUAAUGUGUGUGUUAGAUUUGAGGUGUCACCUUCAUAUGUGAAAGGAGGACCACUGAGAGAUUAUCAGAUUCGAGGACUGAACUGGUUGAUCUCUUUGUAUGAAAAUGGAGUCAAUGGUAUUUUGGCUGAUGAAAUGGGUCUUGGUAAGACUUUACAGACAAUUGCUUUGCUUGGUUACCUGAAACAUUACCGAAACAUUCCUGGACCUCACAUGGUUUUAGUUCCAAAGUCGACUUUACACAACUGGAUGAAUGAAUUUAAGCGAUGGGUCCCAUCUCUUCGUGUUAUUUGUUUCGUUGGAGACAAGGAUGCGAGAGCUGCUUUUAUUCGUGAUGAAAUGAUGCCAGGAGAGUGGGAUGUUUGUGUUACUUCUUAUGAGAUGGUAAUUAAAGAAAAAUCUGUAUUCAAAAAGUUUCACUGGCGAUACCUAGUCAUCGAUGAGGCUCACAGAAUAAAGAAUGAAAAAUCUAAGCUUUCAGAGAUUGUUCGUGAGUUCAAGUCAACUAACCGCUUGCUCCUAACUGGAACACCUUUGCAGAAUAACCUGCAUGAACUCUGGGCACUACUCAACUUUUUAUUGCCUGAUGUCUUUAAUUCUGCAGAUGACUUUGAUUCUUGGUUUGACACUAAAAAUUGUCUUGGUGAUCAAAAGCUUGUGGAAAGACUUCAUGCAGUUUUAAAACCAUUUUUGUUACGACGUAUAAAAACUGAUGUAGAGAAGAGCCUGCCUCCUAAAAAGGAAAUCAAGAUUUACCUGGGAUUGAGUAAAAUGCAGCGAGAAUGGUAUACAAAAAUCCUGAUGAAAGAUAUUGAUGUUCUAAACUCUGCUGGCAAAAUGGACAAGAUGCGGCUCUUAAACAUUCUGAUGCAGCUUCGAAAGUGUUGUAAUCAUCCUUACCUGUUUGAUGGUGCUGAACCUGGUCCACCGUAUACCACUGAUGAGCACAUUGUGAGCAACAGUGGUAAAAUGGUAGUUCUUGAUAAACUGUUGGCCAAACUCAAAGAACAGGGUUCAAGGGUUCUCAUUUUUAGCCAGAUGACUCGCUUGCUGGACAUUUUGGAGGAUUAUUGUAUGUGGCGUGGUUACGAGUAUUGUCGACUGGAUGGACAAACCCCACAUGAAGAAAGAGAGGAUAAAUUCCUAGAAGUGGAAUUACUGGGUCAAAGGGAAGCAAUAGAGGCCUUUAAUGUUCCUAAUAGUAGCAAAUUCAUCUUUAUGCUGAGUACCAGGGCUGGAGGUCUUGGAAUUAACUUGGCAAGUGCUGAUGUGGUUAUACUAUAUGACUCAGACUGGAAUCCACAGGUUGAUCUACAAGCUAUGGAUCGGGCACAUCGUAUCGGUCAGAAGAAGCCAGUACGUGUAUUUCGUCUCAUCACCGACAACACCGUUGAAGAAAGGAUUGUUGAAAGAGCUGAGAUAAAACUGAGACUUGACUCAAUUGUCAUACAACAAGGAAGACUUAUUGACCAACAGUCUAACAAGAUGGCAAAAGAGGAAAUGUUACAAAUGAUACGUCAUGGAGCCACCCAUGUUUUUGCUUCUAAAGAAAGUGAGCUGACAGAUGAAGACAUUACAACUCUUCUGGAAAGAGGGGAAAAGAAGACUGCAGAGAUGAAUGAACGCUUGCAGAAAAUGGGAGAAUCUUCUCUGAGAAAUUUUAGAAUGGACACUGAACAAAGUUUGUACAAGUUUGAAGGAGAAGAUUAUAGAGAAAAACAGAAGCUUGGAAUGGUGGAAUGGAUUGAACCUCCCAAACGAGAACGCAAAGCCAACUAUGCGGUGGAUGCCUACUUCAGAGAGGCUUUACGUGUUAGUGAGCCAAAGAUUCCUAAGGCUCCACGACCUCCAAAACAGCCAAAUGUUCAGGAUUUUCAGUUUUUCCCACCACGCUUAUUUGAGCUCCUCGAAAAGGAAAUUCUUUAUUAUAGGAAGACCAUAGGCUAUAAGGUCCCAAGGAAUCCUGAUAUCCCAAAUCCAGCAGUGGCUCAAAGAGAGGAGCAAAAAAAGAUUGAUGGAGCUGAACCUCUUACACCAGAAGAGACUGAAGAAAAGGAAAAACUUCUCACACAAGGAUUCACAAACUGGACUAAGCGAGAUUUUAAUCAGUUUAUUAAGGCUAAUGAGAAGUAUGGAAGAGAUGACAUUGAUAAUAUAGCUCGAGAGGUGGAGGGCAAAUCUCCUGAGGAGGUCAUGGAGUAUUCAGCUGUGUUUUGGGAACGUUGCAAUGAAUUACAGGACAUUGAGAAAAUUAUGGCUCAAAUUGAACGUGGAGAAGCAAGAAUUCAACGAAGGAUCAGUAUCAAGAAAGCCCUGGAUGCCAAAAUUGCAAGAUACAAGGCUCCAUUUCAUCAGUUACGUAUUCAGUAUGGAACCAGCAAAGGAAAGAACUAUACUGAGGAAGAAGAUAGAUUCUUGAUUUGUAUGUUACACAAAAUGGGCUUUGAUAGAGAAAACGUGUAUGAAGAAUUAAGACAGUGUGUUCGGAAUGCUCCUCAGUUUAGAUUUGACUGGUUUAUCAAGUCUAGAACCGCCAUGGAAUUCCAGAGACGCUGUAAUACUCUGAUUUCAUUGAUUGAGAAAGAAAAUAUGGAAAUUGAGGAAAGAGAGAGAGCAGAAAAGAAGAAACGGGCAACUAAAACUCCAAUGAUUUAACAUUGUUGGGCCAUUUAAAAAUGUGCAUAUUGGAGCAGAACAUUAAAUCUGUUUCCAUUUUAGUCACAGAAAAGAAAAGCAGAGUCAGCUACUGAGAGCUCUGGAAAGAAGGAUGUCAAGAAGGUGAAAUCCUAAAGCCUAGAAAUAAAGUUUUAAAUGGGAAACUGCUAUUUUCUUGUUCCCAUCUUCAAAUGCUAAUUGCCAGUUCCAGUGUAUUCAUGGUACUCUAAGAAAAAUCUCUUUGGUUUUGAUUUCUUGCAUAUUUUAUAUAUUUUACAAUGCUUUCUACCUGAAAUGUGUAGCUUUAUAUUUUAUGCAUUCUAGUAUUUUUGUGUACUGUAUUUUGUGCAUUUCAUGUCUUCAUCAAAAGCCUCUCAGUCCUUGUUCUUUUGAAGCUUGUGCUGAGGUUUUAGCUUUUCUAUGUUUUAUAUGCCGCUGCUUUGAAAGAGAACCUAGAUUCUAUAGCUGUAUUAUUGUUGUUUCAUACUUUAAAUUUAUAUGGCUGUGGAAAAUUGAAUUAAAAUGAUUUGAGGAGAAAGACUUUUUCACUUCUUUGUUGCUUUCUUUUCUAUUGAGUAUGGGCUUGUACGUGUUACUGCAUACUGUGAUUAGCAUAAUAAUUGUUUCUUUGAGGUCAUCUAAAUAUUUUUUUUUUCCUAAAGGAAUAAAGGGUGAGAACAGAAAAAAUUUAAAAAACUAAUAUUUGAUACUGUGCUUGCUGUCAGUAUGCAUUACAUUUAAAUUAUUCUCUAAAUAUUCAAGUGGGAAAGUAUAAUAAAGAAACGUCUAUAAGAAA